CAUGCUUCGGUAUAUUAUUCCUCGCAAGAAGGGCACGUUCGUCAUCGCCGCCUUUCUGACCGUCGCCUUCUUCUGCAUCGUAGCUUAUCAUCGGAACGAUCGGCGACGCACGAAAUUCCAGUUUCCGGAUAUUGAAAAAUACGCAGAAGAGCUCGUAAGGCUUCCGGAAACAUGGAACGGGGAGCUCCACCAAAUCCCGAACUACACAGCGCCCCGGGAAGGUCCUGGAGAGAAGGGAAAACCCGUUGUGCUCACCGGAAAAGACGCAGAGCUCGGUCAGGCCGAUAUGAAGAAAUGGUUUAUGAAUGUGCAUGCUUCUGAUAAAAUAUCACUUGAUCGAGACGUACCUGAUCCGAGAAUUCAGGCGUGUAAAGAUAUUAAAUACGACUAUGCGGCAUUGCCGAAGACCUCUGUCAUCAUUAUUUUCACUGAUGAAGCGUGGACUCCGCUGCUCCGAACGGUGCAUUCGGUGAUUAAUCGGAGCCCGCCAGAGUUGUUGCAGGAGGUCAUUUUGCUCGAUGAUAAUAGCAAGAGACAAGAACUGCAAGAGCCGCUAGACGAGCACAUCAAACGAUUCGGCGGAAAAGUUCGUCUAAUCCGAAAACACGUUCGCCACGGGCUCAUUCGAGCAAAACUCGCCGGAGCACGUGAAGCCGUCGGUGAUAUUAUCGUAUUUUUGGAUUCUCACUGUGAAGCUAAUCAUGGAUGGUUGGAGCCGAUUGUACAACGAAUUAGUGAUGAGCGAACUGCAAUUGUGUGUCCAAUGAUUGAUUCAAUUUCUGAUAAUACGUUGGCUUAUCACGGAGAUUGGUCACUUUCUACUGGAGGUUUCUCAUGGGCUCUUCACUUCACAUGGGAAGGCUUAUCAGAAGAAGAACAAAAGCGUCGAACAAAGCCAACAGACUAUAUUCGGAGCCCAACAAUGGCCGGUGGGCUUCUAGCUGCAAAUCGGGAAUAUUUCUUUGAAGUUGGAGGAUAUGAUGAGGAAAUGGACAUUUGGGGUGGUGAAAACCUCGAAAUUUCGUUUAGAGCUUGGAUGUGCGGAGGAUCGAUCGAAUUUAUUCCAUGUUCCCACGUUGGACACAUCUUCAGAGCCGGUCAUCCGUAUAAUAUGACAGGAAGAAAUAACAAUAAAGACGUGCAUGGUACAAAUUCGAAGCGUUUGGCAGAAGUAUGGAUGGAUGAUUAUAAAAGAUUAUAUUAUAUGCAUAGAGAAGAUCUACGAACUAAAGAUGUUGGAGAUUUAACUGCACGGCAUGAACUCAGGAAAAGGCUGAAUUGCAAGCCGUUUAAAUGGUUUUUGGAUAAUAUUGCCAAAGGGAAAUUCAUUAUGGAUGAGGAUGUCGUUGCCUAUGGAGCGCUUCACACAGUGGUCAGCGGAACGAGAAUGUGCACCGAUACCCUACAAAGAGACGAAAAAAUGUCACAAUUGCUCGGCGUUUUCCAUUGUCAGGGAAAAGGAAGCUCUCCGCAGCUAAUGUCCCUAUCAAAAGAAGGAAAUCUUCGACGAGAGAAUACGUGUGCUUCUGAAGAAAAUGGAAAUAUUCGGAUGAAAACUUGCUCGAAAAAAGCACAAUUUAACGAGCGUUGGGCUUAUGAGAAUAAAAUGAUUCGAAAUCUGAAAAGUGGAAAAUGCAUGUCAACAGCCAACUUGAAGCCCGGCGACAAUGCAAUCGUUGUCGAAUGUGAUGAAAAGGAUGAACAUCAGAAAUGGAAUUUUAUCGAUCCGGCGAAAGCUUAAAAUUUGAAAAAGUCCGCCGCUGAUUUUCAGAUGAAAUUCUUGAAAAAAUCGGAAAAAUUCUGAAAAUUUCAUAAUAACUUAUUCAUUUUUCUUUUUAAUUUAACGCUUUAACUAAUUUUCAUUGAAAUUCCAAAUUUUUUACUUUCCAUUCCUUUUUCCUCCGGUUAGGCCGUUUUGUAGUCCUCGUGGACAACAAUUUUCAGAAUUUUCGAAAAAUUAAAUAUUUUUUAAAUUUUAAAUUCAAACGAGGUUUUUUAAAAACGUUGAAUAUUUGAAUAUUAAGCUUUGUACUCCUUUUGGAGGAAAUUUUAAAAAAAAUCGAGUUUUGUAGUCCGCGUGGACAAGUUUUUCUUUUAGUUUUCCACUUUUUUGAAGUUUUUUUUCGCGAAAAAUCAAAAUCUUAAUUUUCCUAAAAAUCGAAAUCAAUUUUUCGAGAAAAAAUCUCAAAAACUUGUCCACGAGGACUACAAAAUCAAUUUUUUCGAAUUUUUUCUGAUUUUGUAGUCCUCUCGGACAAGACGGUUGGGUCACAAAAAUUUGUAUUUAUUGCCAAAAAAUGUUGAAUUUUCUCCCCUGUUUCCUAGUCAAUUUACGGCUCCAAUUCACUUUGCUUCCCCAAAUUUCUUGUUCUGUGAUACUCUUUUUUUCGGUUUUUCUGGGUUUUUUCGUUGUAUUUAUGUGAUUUUAUUGUAUUUUAUUGCAUUUUUUUGCAUUUUUCGUGGUUAAAAUGGUGAAAAAAAAAUUUUUUUCAAUUUUUA